AUGACCUCAUCUACCAUAUUAAAUUUAAAAACUCCAAGUCAAGAUGCUCAAGGGUGUUGGUAUGAAACACUUUCACCAGCGCAAGUGUUGACUGGUCAACAGCAACAACAGCAACCAGUAAAACCACAGAAUGAUGAACAGAUGAAACAGAAGAAAAAGUGUCGUGGUAACAGAAAAGCACAACGCCUACGUCGAAGACUUCGUCAACAAGGUUUAGAUCCAGAUACAAUUACUGAAUUAGUUAAUCAAAAAAUAAAUCCUCAACGACGACAACAACAUGAUGAAGCAAUACAAUAUAAUCGAAUUCCUCAAUCGGCACAACAUAAAAAUAAUUAUCAGGAUACUGUAAAAAUGUUAAUUAAUUCAUUAGAAGGUGCUAAGGAAAUUGUUAAAAGAUUAAAUUCAAAAGAUAAAAUUAAUUAUAUUCGUCAAUAUGCUUAUUUAAUACAUCGUCUAUUCUAUGUACAAUUACAAGAAAGUCAAUGA